AUGGAUGCUAAAUGGUCAUUUUGCUGCAGCCUCUCCUUGCUGUUUCUCCUCUGCUUCCAGCGCUCCGCCGCCCAUCCCAUCGACAGCCUCAGCCCUGCCAAGGAGCUAGCCAGCAUGGAGGCUCUUCUGGAGAAGUUGGAGGAAAAAGUCUCCCUGAUGGAAGACCUGCGGAACAGCGCUGAGUUCGAGGGACCCGAAACCCAGGGAGGGAGUCUGGUGGAGUUCUCCGACAACAGUGAUGAACAGCAGCUGAUGGAUCCCAGGGUCGAUUUUCCCCCUUUCCUGUCCGACAGGAGCUCUCUGCUGAAACGCAUGCGGGGUCUUCAGGCUGCAAAGAGCAUGCGAGACUCCGGCUGUUUCGGGAGGAGAUUGGACAGGAUCGGCUCCGUGAGCGGCAUGGGAUGCAAAGGUUCAAGAAGGCAUUAAAAACCAGCUUCCUGUCGCCUCCUCCCCAAAAGGAUUCUAACUUUUGAUGGCACGCGGCUUCCCGAAGAC